AUACACUUGAACAAAACGCAAUAGUUUUUCGAGGCCAACCUUUGUCAAGUCCAACAACAUAAAGCAAAAGUUACUUUAAAUAUAAAACAAAGACUUUAAUGUGAAGACUAGCGUUUCAAAUCAAUAUGAAGUCGACAAAAAGAGUUUUAUCCAUACAGAGUCAUGUGGUCAGUGGAUAUGUGGGAAACAAAAGCGCUGUAUUUCCUUUACAGGUAAUGGGAUUUGAAGUGGAUGCUAUCAAUUCUGUUCAGCUGUCGAAUCACACCGGCUACAAAACAUUUCAUGGUCAAGUUUUGAAUGAAACAAACUUAAUGGAAUUGAUAGCUGGACUCGUUGAAAAUGAUUUACAUUAUUACUCUCAUUUGCUGACAGGAUAUAUAGGAUGUCCAAAUUUUUUGCAAAAAAUUGCCGAAGUUUAUAACAUUUUGAAAGAAAAGAAUCCAAAUUUAAUAUACGUCUGUGAUCCAGUAAUGGGAGACAAUAAAGAAAUGUAUGUUCCAAAAGAAAUGUUAGAUAUUUAUAGGAAGGAAAUAUUGACUUUAACAGAUAUAAUCACACCCAAUGAAUACGAAUUAGAGCUGUUAACUGGCAAAACUAUAACUUGUACUGAUGACAUCUAUGAAGCUAUAAGAAUAUUACAAAGUCUGGGCUGUAAAACAGUUGUGGUUUCUUCGACUAAUAUCGAAGACACUCAUUUGAAAUCUAUUGGAAAAUAUGUUAAUAGCAAAGAGUAUGUGGAUAUAUAUAUACCUCACAUUGACCAUUCUUUUAUUGGUACAGGCGAUUUGUUUGCUUCGUUACUAUUGCUAUGGAUGACCUUGAAUAAUAAUAACUUAAAGGAGUCUAUGGAAAAAACAGUGGCAACUAUUCAGGCAGUAUUGAAACGAACUUUGAAUUAUAUUGAGCAAGCCAAUCCGAAAACUCCAACAUUUAACAAAGAACUGAAAUUAGUUCAAAGUAUUGACGACAUACGAAACCCUACGGUCACAAUAUUUGGAAAAACAAAUUAUGUAAAGUAGCAUUACUCAUUUGUAUAGCUGACAAUUAUGUAGCAUUAAUUGUACAUUUCGUUGAAAAAUGUCAUUUAUUAGUAUUAAUUGCUGUAACGAACUAGCUGUAGUUAAUAUACAAAUUUAAAUGUUACCAAGAUAACGGUUUUUAUAAUUAUUUAUGUUAUCUCUUUUUUUUUACCAUAUUACUAAGUUAUCUUAUUGAAAUUACUUAAUUCCUUAUAGUAUGUUAACCAUGUAUUAUAAUAAUAAUAAUAGUUUUUAUAUGAUUUUUAGUAGUUGGGUUAUUAAUUAUUAGUAUUAUAUUAUAUUACAGUUUAAUCUGAUAAGCGAUACCAGAUAUACCAAACUAACGUGUGUUCCAAC